AUGACAUUCAACAGCCGGCAAAAGUGCUCGCAAAUCGCCAAGAGCAAAUGCCCCAAGAAGACAAGUUACCUGGUCCUCCCAAGCGACGAAGGGGGCAGAAUCGUGACUUCUUCCUACGAACCUCUGCUCUGCGCGGAUCCCAUAUCAUUCACACCGGAAGACGCCAAAGGAAUCCAACAUCCCCAUUCUGAUCCUCUAGUCAUCGAAGUAGCCAUGGGUGAAUUCGACGUCGAAAGGGUCUUGGUCGAUACCGGGAGCACCGUUAACGUGUUGUUCUGGCAAACGCUGGAAAAAAUGGGCGUCACACCAGAGCAGGUAAAGCCCGAGAUUCGAACAUUGACUGGCUACAAUGGGAUUGCUAAAAUGUCGAUGGGCGACGUAAAACAGCAAGUGCGCGCUUGCGGAGUGACCCGGAAAACUAAGUUCGUUGUCAUCGAUGCGCCCCCAAUUUACAACACCAUUCAGGGGGCACUGUGGAUAUACGCAAUGCAAGCCGUAGCGUCAACUUACCGUCUCUACUUUAAAUUCCUGACCACCACAGGUAUCUGCACGCUCUACAGCGAUCAGAGGAUGGCUCGAUCUUGUUCCGUAAUCGAAAAGAAGCAAAGGAAAACGGAGGACGCAUAG